AUGCCCAGCCAAGACGAAACAGUCACCAGAAUUCCCGUGGAAACUGGAACAACAGUUGCUGCUUAUGUUGCUGUAACGAAAGAAACAGUGAGAACAAAUAAUACAAGUGAUGAUUCAAGGUUUCCUGAUGGAUUGUCCGUAGACGUCCAAGAUGUGGAAUUUAUUUUGACACAUCCUGUUCUAGAAGUAGACGGAGAGUUAGUAGGCAUAAUCGAGUUGUACAGGAAGGAGGAAGACGAAGAGUUUCAAGACGAGGACGAAGAGGUCUUAAACAGUUACCUGCUGUGGGGUGGAAUAGCCUUUCAUUAUGCUGAGCUCUAUACGAACAUGGCGAGACAGAAGAAAUUGAAUAACUUUUUACUCACUCUUGUCAGUUUCGUAUUAGGGGGAUUCCGAGUACUGAUCACUCUUUUAUUGUUGGUGUAUUUCCAGACCUUCGCCCAGAAACUUGUCGACGCCGAUCGGGCUUCCUUGUUCCUUGUUGAUGGAAACACCAAGGAAAUGUACGCUCGAAUGUUUGAUGUGAAUGAAGAAGCAGAAAACGCAGAUAAAACAGGUGAUGAAGCAACAUCAAAAGAGAUAAGGCAAGUAAAUAGAUUUCCAGUUGGAACGGGAAUUGCUGGGUUUGUUGCUCAAACCGGAGAGUCUCUAAACAUUCCAGAUGUUUAUAACGACGAUAGGUUUAACAGGUCCGUCGACCAGCUCACGGGUUAUACAACUAAAAAUCUAUUGUGUAUGCCUAUUUUUAUUCGCAACAGGGUUAUUGGAGUUGUCCAGAUGGUAAAUAAAGAGAGCGGUUCUUUUACUAAAGGAGACGAAGAAGCUUUCGCUACUUUCGCUACCUAUUGCGGCUUAGCAUUACAUCAUGCCAAGCUUUAUGAAAGAAUUCGGCGGUCCCAGAAGAAGUAUAUGGUAGCAUUAGAAAUGCUUUCUUACCACAGCAUUUGUUCUGAAGAGGAAGUUAGUUUCGUUAAGGAUAAACCAAUCUUUCAAGACUUCACUAAAUUGGAAGAGUUUACUUUCCCAAGUUAUUCCUUGGAUUCUGAUGAAAAGGUUAAAGCCACUGUAUACAUGUUCAACGACUUGUUCGGAUCUCAAAAGUUUGACCAAGACUGUCUGAUCAGGUUUAUUAUAACAGUUCGCAAGAACUACCGUCGUGUACCCUAUCACAAUUGGACUCAUGGUUUCUCCGUGGCUAACGCCAUGUACGCAGUCAUAAAAUCAUCUCCUACGAUAUAUAAACCGAUGGAACAAUUGGCCUUAUUUGUAGCUAGUCUGUGCCACGACAUAGAUCACAGAGGAAAGAACAACCAGUUUCUAAUGCAGUCGGAAUCUCCAUUAGCAGCUAUUUACUCCACCUCAAUUCUAGAGCAUCACCAUUUUAAUCAGACGGUUUCUAUUCUUCAGCAAGAUGGACACAAUAUAUUUGCAAGCUUAAGUUCUGAAAACUACAGGAAGGUCCUGAAAAACAUCAAGCACUGCAUAUUAUCAACAGACCUGGCAUUGUUUUUCCCCAAUAAAGCAAAGCUGAAGACUCUGAUUGAUGAAGACAGUUUCAGUUGGAAGAAUACCGAGCACAGAUUGUUAGCUGAAGCAAUUUGCAUGACAGCUUGCGACCUGUGUUCCAGUUCUAAACCGUGGGAUCAACAGCAAGAAACAGUUAAAGGCAUUUUUGAAGAAUUCUACGAGCAGGGUGAUGCUGAGAGAGAGCGAGGAAAGGAACCAAUAGCCAUGAUGGACAGAACCAAACUUGACCAACAGCCAUCAUCUCAGGUUGGUUUUCUAAAAGCCAUAUGCUUACCGUGCUAUGAAGUCACCGUGGGAGUGCUUCCUAAUACAAAACCCAUGCUCGAUGGUUGUCUUGCUAAUUUGGAAAAAUGGGAAGCUAUUGCUGAAGAACAGAAAAAUAAAAACGAAGAAGCAACAAAUAACGCCAGUGAAUAACGCUUUCUGGAACAAAGGCGUCCAGUUGCAGUUAUUUCGCUAAGCAAAAAUGGAAAAACAAUAACACCAGAUCUGUUUGAAUGCUCAAAGUCGAUGCACUUCGGAAAUGAAAGAGAGAGAGAAAAAAAUGUUCGGCAUUUUCAUCUGCACACAUUUAAAAAACGUCUUUCAUACAUUUUAGGGAAAAUGAAUAUUUAAGACAUAAAACUUUUAAAGUUUGAUGUAAAUUAAUAAACAUAGAAAUCUUAUGCUAAGUUAUCUUGUU